AUGGCGGAAGAGAAGGUCACCGGCGCUCCGGCGCUGGACACCAACAUUGAGACUGGCGGCUUCGAUGAGAAGCGAGGACAGGUUCCUCCCCCCUCCCACGCUCCUGCCAAGGGCCCCGCCGACGACGAGGAGCCCGAUGAGGAUAUGGACGCCCUGAUCGAGGACCUUGAGUCCGAGGACGGCCACCAGUUCGAGGAAGAGGAGGAGACCCAGCCCGGUGGUGGACGUGUUGUCCCUGAGGACAUGCUCCAGACUGACUCUCGCGUUGGCCUGACGGAAGCCGAGGUGGUAGCCAGACGCCGCAAGUAUGGUCUCAACCAGAUGAAGGAGGAGCGAGAAUCGCUUAUCCUGAAGUUCCUUGGUUUCUUCAUCGGUCCCAUUCAAUUUGUUAUGGAAGCCGCCGCUGUUCUCGCCGCUGGUCUCGAGGAUUGGAUCGAUUUCGGAGUCAUCUGCGCUCUGCUUCUUCUGAACGCCGCUGUUGGAUUCAUCCAGGAAUUCCAGGCCGGAUCCAUCGUUGAGGAGCUCAAGAAGACCCUGGCCCUUAAGGCUGUCGUCCUCCGUGACGGCACCCUGAAGGAGAUUGAGGCCCCCGAGGUUGUUCCCGGUGAUAUCCUCCAGGUUGAGGAGGGUACCAUCAUCCCCGCCGAUGGUCGCUUCGUUACCGAGGGCUGCUUCGUCCAGGUUGAUCAGUCUGCCAUUACUGGCGAGUCUCUGGCUGUCGACAAGCACCAGGGUGACAACUGCUAUGCUUCCUCCGCUGUCAAGCGUGGUGAGGCUUUCGUCGUUAUCACCGCUACUGGUGACAACACCUUUGUUGGUCGCGCUGCUGCCCUCGUCUCCCAGUCUGCUGGUGGCACCGGUCACUUCACUGAGGUUCUCAACGGCAUCGGUACGAUCUUGCUUGUUCUCGUCGUCCUUACUCUCCUCAUUGUCUGGGUUUCUUCCUUCUACCGCUCCAACAGCAUUGUCGACAUCCUCCGUUUCACUCUGGCCAUCACCAUUGUCGGUGUCCCCGUCGGUCUUCCCGCUGUCGUUACCACCACCAUGGCCGUCGGUGCUGCCUACCUCGCCAAGAAGCAGGCUAUUGUUCAGAAGCUUUCCGCCAUCGAGUCCCUCGCUGGUGUCGAGAUUCUCUGCUCCGACAAGACCGGUACCCUGACCAAGAACAAGCUCUCUCUCGCCGAGCCCUUCACUGUCGCAGGUGUUGAGCCUGAUGACCUGAUGCUUACUGCCUGCUUGGCCGCUUCCCGCAAGAAGAAGGGUAUCGAUGCCAUCGACAAGGCUUUCCUCAAGUCUCUUAAGUUCUACCCCCGUGCCAAGAGCGUCCUCUCCAAGUACAAGGUCCUUGACUUCCAGCCUUUCGACCCCGUCUCCAAGAAGGUUCAGGCCGUUGUCGAGUCCCCCCAGGGCGAGCGCAUCAUCUGUGUCAAGGGUGCCCCUCUUUUUGUUCUCAAGACUGUCGAGGAGGAUCACCCCAUCCCUGAGGAGAUUGACCGUGCCUACAAGAACUGUGUCGCUGAGUUCGCUACCCGUGGUUUCCGAUCUCUUGGUGUUGCUCGCAAGCGUGGUGAGGGUGCCUGGGAGAUUCUCGGUAUCAUGCCCUGCUCUGACCCUCCCCGUCACGACACUGCCCGCACCAUCAACGAAGCCAAGCGCCUGGGUCUCUCCAUCAAGAUGCUUACUGGUGAUGCCGUCGGUAUUGCCCGUGAGACUUCCCGUCAGCUCGGUCUCGGUACCAACGUCUACAACGCUGAGCGUCUCGGUCUCGGUGGUGGCGGUGAUAUGCCUGGUUCUGAGGUCUACGAUUUCGUUGAGGCUGCCGAUGGUUUCGCCGAGGUCUUCCCCCAGCACAAGUACAAUGUCGUCGAGAUUCUGCAGCAGCGUGGUUACCUUGUUGCCAUGACUGGUGAUGGUGUCAACGAUGCUCCCUCUCUGAAGAAGGCCGAUACUGGUAUUGCUGUCGAGGGUGCUUCCGAUGCUGCUCGCUCUGCCGCCGAUAUUGUCUUCCUUGCCCCUGGUCUCGGUGCCAUCAUUGAUGCCCUCAAGACUUCCCGCCAGAUUUUCCACCGCAUGUACGCCUACGUCGUCUACCGUAUCGCUCUUUCCCUGCACAUGGAGAUCUUCCUUGGUCUCUGGAUUGCUAUCCUGAACAAGUCCCUGAACAUUGAGCUGGUCGUCUUCAUCGCCAUUUUCGCCGAUAUCGCUACCCUGGCUAUUGCCUACGACAACGCCCCCUACUCGCCUACCCCCGUCAAGUGGAACCUGCCCAAGCUCUGGGGUAUGUCUGUCCUUCUCGGUAUUGUUCUGGCUGUCGGCACCUGGAUUGCUCUCACCACCAUGUACGCCAACUCGCACGACGGUGGUAUCGUCCAGAACUUCGGUAACAUCGACGAGGUCCUCUUCCUUGAGAUUUCCCUCACUGAGAACUGGCUCAUCUUCAUCACCCGUGCCAACGGUCCCUUCUGGUCCUCCAUUCCCUCUUGGCAGCUCGCUGGUGCCAUCCUGAUCGUCGAUAUCCUUGCCACUCUCUUCGCCAUCUUCGGUUGGUUCGUCGAUGAUGGCCGCACCAGCAUUGUCGCCGUGGUCCGUAUCUGGAUCUUCUCUUUCGGUAUCUUCUGUGUCAUGGGUGGUCUCUACUACUUCAUGCAGGGCAGCACUGGUUUCGACAACCUGAUGCACGGCAAGUCCCCCAAGCAGAACCAGAAGCAGCGUUCCCUCGAGGAUUUCGUCGUUUCCCUCCAGCGUGUCUCUACUCAGCACGAGAAGUCUCAGUAA